CCCGUGUUGACGUAAAGAAGUGUGUGUGUCUAUGUAUCCUAUGGUGCAACCAUGACAAGAGCAGCACUGGCUAAACUUCUCAUCCUCGUGAUCCUCGCCUUUAUCAUCUGCCUCCCAGAAUUCUUCACAUUGCACAGAGCAUCAAAAGUUAGCUUCCUCUGUCUGCCCUACCGACCCUGUCAGCGAGGGAAUCAGGUGAAGAGGGGGGGGGAUGGGAAGACUGGGGAUGUUGAAAUCAGGAGAAAGGUUAUGUGUGACCCUUCUCAGACUCCAGAAAGUGAAAAGUGGGAGCAGGCCUGCACACAAGAGAAUCAAAGCAACACGACAGAUCCUGUGUCUGACUCCAAGAGAGGCGUUGAAGACCCAGAAAAGAGCUGGUUCAUGUGUGAAACAGAUAUGGACAUGGCAGAAUUACAUAGCAACAUCUCAUCUUCAGCUCUAAAGGUAGAUUUCGAGGUGUCAGUGGAGCUUAAACUCAGAGAUGCAGAGACCCUGAACCUUACCUUGUACGGCCGCAGUAAUCACAGCUCCUUAAACCUCCACCCACCUGAUGAGGAGAAGGAGGAUGAUGGAGGAAAGAGGAAGGCAUUUUACUGCUGUCUCCCUGCCCCGCCCACCUCGGAGUCAGCCAAUCAAAGCCGCUGUCUCCUUUGGCUCGCCAAUCAAACACUUUUGACUGUACCAGCAAAGGAAAAGCUGCCAUGGAAACGGCCACAGAAAGAUGAGUGGCGGUCUAUGUUCAGGGUGCUCUGGCUGGCUCUGCUGUGUGUGGUGUUGCUGGCUAUAGUCACAACUGUGCUCAGACAAAUCUACCGGGAGAGACACUUGUGCAAAAAGCCCAAGGUGCACCGUGUUGGUUACGCAGGCCAGCGGUUAAAAGAUGGCGAGAAGCACAUGGAAAUCAACAUUCCCAAAAGUAACUCCAUAAACUCUACAAAAGGGAUGAUCCUUCACUCCUAUGGUUCCCAGCCUUGGUCAGGACUGUCACCCAUUCAAGAAGUUGACACUCAAGAUGAAAUAGAAACUCUGCUGGAUGGAAAUGUUGACCAGUGCCAUACAGCAAAUCUGCAUCAUCGUGGCCAUCCCUCCACCUCCUCCCUCACAGAGGAGCAGGCCUGGUGAGCAGCCAGAGGAGCACAGAAAUGGACUUAAUGUGCACUGGAGAAAAAUAAAAAUGACUGCUUCAAUUUUGCCACCUUUAGGGUGAAAAUAAAAUCAUUUGAAACACA